ACUGUGGAUGUGGAACUGGGCCUGGGUAUGCAUCUCCUCUGGAUGCCAUGAAAGGUCCCAGAGAGAGAAUCAUCUACGUCCCCUGCAUCUUAACUGGCACCGGCACCCAAGCGCCCGACUACUUGGCUACCGUGGACGUAGAUCCCGAAUCUCCAACUUAUUGCAAGGUGAUCCAUCGCCUGUGCAUGCCUUACAUCGACGAUGAGCUCCACCACUCCGGGUGGAACGCCUGCAGCAGCUGUUUCGGGGAUACCACCAAGAAGCGGAACAGACUGGUCCUUCCUUGCCUGGGCUCCUCGCGCAUUUACGUGGUGGACACGGGGACCGACCAGAGAGCUCCCAGGCUUCACACGGUGAUUGAACCAAGAGAAGUUUUCCAGAAAUGCGACCUGGCUUUCCUACACACCUCUCACUGUCUGGGCAGCGGGGAAGUCAUGAUCAGUGCUAUCGGGGACCCCCGCGGCAACGCAAAAGGUGGCUUUGUCCUUCUGGAUGCGGAGACCUUUGAAGUGAAGGGCAACUGGGAGAGACCCAGUCAAGCGGCCCCUCAAGGGUACGAUUUCUGGUACCAGCCAAGGCACAAUGUUAUGAUAAGCACCGAAUGGGGGGUGCCGAAAUUCUUCGUCACCGGAUUCAACCCAGCUGACCUGGGGAAAGGGCUCUACGGCCGCCGCCUGAACGUCUGGGACUGGACUACCCACUGCUUCUGCCAGUCGAUCGAUUUAGGGGAGGAUUCCAUCCCCUUUGAAAUUCGGUUCCUGCACAACCCCGAUGCGGCACAUGGGAUGGUGGUCUGUGCACUCCAGAGCUCCGUCUACCACUUCUACAAGACACAGGAUGGAAGCUGGACGGCAGACAAAGUGAUCCAAAUUCCGAGCAAGAAAGUGUCAGGCUGGUUAUUACCGGAAAUGCCAGGCUUCUGCACCGACAUGCUCAUUUCCUUGGACGAUCGGUUCAUGUACAUGAGCAACUUCAUCCACGGCGACGUCCGUCAGUAUGAUAUCAGUAACCCUUUCUGCCCCAGGCUGGUUGGCCGGGUGUUUGUGGGCGGCAGCAUCCCCAAAGGCGGGGUGGUCACUGUCCUGGAAGACCAAGAGCUCGGCUGCCAACCUGAUCCUUUCAUGAUCCAAGGAAGACGAGUCUACGGGGGCCCCCAGAUGCUUCAGCUCAGCUUGGACGGCAAAAGGCUUUACUGCACCAACAGUCUGUACACACCUUGGGACAAACAAUUUUACCCCGAAUUGGUCAGGGAAGGCUCCGUCAUGCUGCAGAUCGAUGUGGACACGGAACACGGAGGUCUGUGCGUGAAUGAAGACUUCCUGGUCGAUUUUGGGAAGGAACCCUGCGGGCCUGCCCGGGCUCACGAGAUGCGUUACCCCGGGGGAGACUGCACCUCGGAUAUCUGGGUCUAGUUGGGGAGCAUGCGAGCCUAUUUCAACGCUAGC